UCUAUUUAGGUAUCUAUCACCUUUUAAAGCCGUUUAUGCUGUUCAGGGAGCCAUGGCAUUAACACAGUUGGAUAUCUUUAUCCGCGGCAUCUUUGCGUAGGCACAUUCUUUCCCACCGACGAGGACGCGUUGGACACAGAGGCGGUUACGGCGAAACAAAACCACCUUAAAUCACUUGCUGACAUAAUCAAUCUCCACCCAUAUCCGAGAAGAGUGCAUUAAGAGGUGUCUCACCUUCCCGACUACGCUCUCAUUACCAAAAAAGACACCGAGGAGCUGACAACACGCCGUUCCAACUUUUGGCAGAAGUGCAGCUCCUUAUUGGUCAGGAGUCCCGGGGCUUAGUGCGUAACGUCGCGCGCGCUGCAUACGCACGAGCCAGCAGAAUAUUUACUGGAAAAAGCUCGUGGAUAUUCAACCAUCUGGGAUUAUCUGAGAAUUUUGUCGCUGCCUCGGUUCAUUUUACAUGCCAAAGCUGGGGGAACAGACUGGAAAACAGCAAACUUCUGCGCGAAGCUUCACGGUUUUCGCCACAAUAAUUGGUUAUCGGAUGGACCAGCAUCCCAGCGCCCGGAGCUGCACCAGUCGCGGGGCUUCGUCCUGCGAGGCCGUCUCGACUGAGCCCUCCAUGAAUCUGUACAUCCACUCAACCACCGGCACACGCUUUGAGCUCUCCCUGCCCCUGGAAGAGACCGUGGAAGGACUGAAGAGGAGGCUUUCACAAAAACUCAAAGUACCAAAAGAGAGACUCGCUCUGCUACACAAAGACACGCGACUAAGUUCGGGCAAACUCCAGGAUCUAGGCAUAUCCGAUGGGAGCAAGUUAACACUUGUACCAACAGUUGAAGCAGGAUUAAUGUCUCAAGCAUCAAGACCAGAGCAGUCAGUCAUGCAAGCCUUGGAGAGUUUAACAGAAACUCAGGUCAGUGACUUCCUGUCCGGCCGCUCCCCACUCACCCUGGCACUGCGUGUUGGCGAUCACAUGAUGUUCGUCCAGCUCCAGUUGGCGGCGCAGCAGUCUGGUGGUCCCCAGCUCCAGCACAGACACGUCAUAACCCGGGGCAACGCAGACACUGCAGUGGGGCAGCCAACGGGGCAACCUCGUGUUCCCCACCCUCACCCUCACCCUCACCCCCACCCUCACUCCCACCACCCCCACCCCCACCCCCACCCCCACCCCCAUCAUCCACACAGUCAUCCCAGCCCCCACUUGUCCCAGCCUCAGUUAGUCCCUUCCUCCCCCUCUUCUCCUGGCUCCCCAUCCUUCCCCCUGCCCUCCACGCACCACCAACCCCUCCCUCCAAUGUACCACCAGUCAGCCUCUUCAGCUCACUGUAGCCCCCCUACUCCUCCUCCUCAAGCCCACUCCCCUCGCCCAUCACACAUCCCCGGAGGUCUUUUCCGCUCUCCAGCCCACCAUCAACAUCAUCAUCAUCACAACCACCACUACCACCAGCCUUCCUCAGGCCAAACCAGCCAAGACAUUGGCCAGGCCAGCCCUGUAGCCCCAGUCCUCUGCCCUGAGGCUAACUGCAGCACCACCAGUGGCAGCAGUCCAUCUACACGCUCCCGUAAACCAGGCGCUAUCAUUGAGAGCUUUGUCAACCACGCUCCCGGAGUCUUCUCAGGGACCUUUUCAGGCACUUUGCACCCUAACUGCCAGGACAGCACUGGGCGCCCCAGACGAGAUAUCGGUACCAUCCUUCAGAUCCUGAAUGACCUCCUGAGCGCCACACGCCACUAUCAGGGCAUGCCCCCUUCUCUCACCCAGCUCCGCUACCAGACCCAGUGUGGUUCACCUACCUCCCCAUCCCCAUCGCCACCUCCUUCUCCCCCGGUUGUUGGCAUGACAGGCCUCUCUGCCAAAGCUACCUCGGUGCCCGCCAGCAGCCCUAGCAGCCCUGCGCCGAUCCUUCACCCACUGGUGCAGUGCCAGAGUCAAAUACGCAUGUGCAAGCCCCCUGGUGACCGCCUGCGUCAAACCGAGAACCGUGCAACCCGCUGCAAGGUGGAGCGCCUGCAGCUGCUGAUGCAGCAGAAGCGUCUGCGCAGGAAGGCCAGGCGGGACCAGCGAGCUCCCUAUCAGUGGCUGCCCAACAGGAAGGCCGGACGCAGCAACAGCAACAGCAGCAUGUCGAGCGAGGGCUCCCUGGACCUGGACUUUGACGAUUCAGUGUGGAAGCCCGAUGUCAAGGCUGACUUGAAGACAGAGUUCGUCUUGGCCUGAACACGCUCGGAGAUGAAUUCAAAGACGCGCAAAGCAUUGAUUGGGAUUUACUUAUUAUACUGUAAGGGACGUGAUGGGCAGGAGGUGACACAGAAAUGCGCAAACGUGUCUUGGAAAAUGAUAAAAUCAACGUUGUCUUUGAGACUGGCUUCUGUCACAUGAAAAAAAAAAAAAAGGCUCCCUGAAGACUUAAAUCCCAUUCUGUCAUUCACAGUUGACCAUGUGAAAAACAGCAUCAAUAGCAGCAGAACUUUCUUUGGAUGCUUGGAUUUGGACAGCUCCACUUUACAGUGUACAAGACAUUUUACAGUAUGAUUACAGAGACUAUACUGGAACUUAAGCAUAGCAGAAUUCAUUGGGUGGUGGUGGUGGUAUUUUGAGAUUUUGUUUUUUAAGACUUGUUUUUUGAAGCGCACUCUGGACAUCAAUGAAGAGAUCCACACUGGACUUAUUCACAGGAUGGGAGCACCAGAGGCCUCAGUGUUUCCUCAUCCCAGGAAAGGCAGAACUGUCGCACUAUGGAUCACUCCAACGGGCAUUCUUAUCGAUCUCAAAACUCACAAACCAGAGUGUAGUUUUUAACCUGUAACGGGGUGGUUUAACUUUUUUUUUGUUCCGUUUUGAAACAUAUUAUUAUAUUUUAUAAACAAAAAAAAUAUGUAGCAUUGUUCACAAAGCAUUCAGGUUUUCAUAUAACAGUUCAAAGUAGUCGUUGAUUUGCACAUUUUCUUGAUUUAUAACAGCUGGUCAGAGUGUGCAAGAAGGAAGAGGUGGGGCCUGAAAGACAAAAAAUGAAUAUGGAAGUAUUGAUAUCAACCUCAGUGACAUAGGGUAUUGAUAGGAAUAAUUAAUGAAUUAAACAAAAUGAAAUAAUAUUAACAGAAAGUGCUUUAGAGGAUUUAAAAAUCUUUAAAAUGUAUAUGGAAAAAGAUCUAUUUUUUAUUUCUCUUCCUAUCUGCUGUUUUCAAAAAACAGCAGCCCUGUGUGGCUUUAGUCAAGUCUUUGACUACCAACAAAUUAGUACAUCCAUUCAAUCAUUCAUUAGCUCGUUCAUGGAUUAUAGUCGUCUAGCCACAACAAAUGAUAUAGAAAAUAAAUUUCAUCCAGCCCACCUCAUGUCUUACAGACCUGAAUGGACUUGUUGAGGGUUUGUAUUGGUUUGUGUACAUACAUGUGACAAUUGGCAAAGGUUUAUGAGGGUGUGUGUGUGUUUGACUUUCGUGUAAAUUGAUUUUAGAGUUUCCCAUGUUUUGUCCCGAGUUAUAUAUACUCUCUAACAACCUGUUAGUUUCUCAAAAUCAUAAAGAUUGGCUGCAAUUGUAACAACUUCUUAUCACGACAGGAUACAUUCAGAGAUGGUUCCCAGUUCUAUGCCCAUGUGAGGUGAACCUUUACCAAGUCCUCUUAAUGAUGACUUUAUUUUUCUAUUGGCAGAGGGAGAAGAGGUGGGAUCAGUUUCCAGCAUCAUUAACUAGUGCCUCCACCAGUACAUCCAUUGACAUAUCAGGUUAGGCCUUUCACAGUUCCGCUGCUACAUAUGGGGACUUGAAGUGAGAAAAAAAAAGAAAAAAAAAAGCAAGAGGGGAAAAGUGACUUUUCUUUGCAUGCAGAAGUGUGAUUACACUGAUCUUUUUCUAUUGAUGGAAGACAAAUUAAAGAAAUUGGUGCUGUGGGGAAUGAAGGUUAACAACAUGCAUGAAUUUGUGAAGAAAAUUAAACAAUGCUGCUUUUGUUGGUUAGGUUUUAUGUAUUGUUUUUUUCUUUUUCAACGUUAGAAUAACAGUGUCCUGUUAAAGUAUUAACGACACAAAACCAAAACAGAUGAAGUUAAGUGUGGACUUGCGUCUUGCUCAGCACUGAACAUUCCUGUUGUGUGACAAUGGAGAUGAUGAGCAAAGAGCAAGUGACUUUUCUCUGCUCCUCCACGAGCGCUGGUGAUUCUCAAGGACCCAGACAGCCUACAAACUGUUCAGCCGCCUCCCCUCCUCCCAGCCUAAAGACCAACCGAGGCUCAUGUGGACGUACUCUCGCAGGGAUCCAACAGACCAGCGGAUAUACAGAACUGUCCGUCAAAACAUACCCUAGAGAAGCAUCUGUCUCUGUUCCUGUCUGUCUGUCUGAUCAAUUGACCACCCUACCACUAUUGCACUCCCAGAGAUUGCAGUGAGAGAUUACCAUUUUGGUGAACCUCAUCUUUUUUUUUUAAGUGGCCUUACCUUUCACUAAAAAAAUUAGACACUUGGGGACAAUGGGGGCGGGAUUUUUUGUUUUUGUUUUGAACUUUCUGUGUGCAUUGUUGUCAGACUUGUUGUCAUCAAGGCGCAAUUUUUGUCACUGAGGACACUGGGCAUCCGUUGUUUAGUGCUUUUAGCUGGUGGAGUCUCUAUUAUGUCAAGGCUUCUGUGCCUUAAAAAUGUUGCCCUUGCUGCGUCAGUGUCAGAAUUGUUUUUUUCCUUGGUUGAUCCACAGGACUAUAGUGUUCACAGCCAUGAGAGUCAGAGAUUUAAGGGGUGAAUCCAGUUUGAGUGAAUCAAUCAGGAUUUAAAAGGUGGUGUUUCACUCAGCUUUCUUCGUCCUGUUCCUUCAUUGUGUUGCCAUGCUUGUUGUUCUCUGUUUUCUUAACAUCCCAGAUAACUCAGUUCUCCCAACAACAAGCUGCGAACAGAGUUAAAUCUGUGUAACUUUCGUUAAUUGAUCAAGUUCACACCAUAGUACUUAGAUGGCAAGAAGCAGCCGCAAUGCAGGAUAAGAAAGGUCCUCUGAGGACUCCAGACUACAUGCACUUCUUGUUUCCUUGGAUACAAACUAGGAUUAAUGGACAAUAUUAUCCCCUGCCCCCCCCAAAUUUUAUUUAAUUUUUUUUGUAUAUGUAUGAACUAUACUCUGUGUGUGCCUCACUUCUGUGUGAAAUUCAAAAAGAAGAUGAAACAAAACAAAAAAGAUGACAAAUGCAUUACAGAGAGGAGAAAAAAACAGUUCGUUGGUGGAAUUCUGGUCAUUUAAGUUGCCUGUUCUUUCUUGUAGCCAACUAUUGAAAAUAACAGGAUUCAAGAAUACAAUUUACAAUGUUCUAGCUCUAGACCGGUGUAGCACAUGUGUGACUGUAUUAAUUUAUGAAACCAAAAUGGUAACUGUGAAUUAUGUAUUUCUUUGUGCAUUUUUUUUUUUUUAAAGCUGGGGGCGAAGGUUUGCUGGGACACGGCAGCAGCUGGUUGCUCGUGUCCGUAAAAAAACAUUUUUUGUUUUUUGGUGGAUUAUAAUGGAAACAAAAAAAAAAUGUUUCCAAAAAAGAAAAAAAAGGAGAAAAAAAAAAGGAAAAAAUAUAUGAAUAUAUUUUUUUUUCUUAAGCAAUACAUUUCAGUGUGACUUGUGAUAGAACAUUUUCUUUUUUAGGUAAUAAAUAAAUAAAAACAAAAUGAGUACGUCA